AUGAUAAUGACAUUCACCGUGACUUUAAUAUUUGUUCUCGAGAGGCGAGACAGUCUCCUUACAACUGAAGGCAUAAUAGCACUCAUAAGAACUCCUGUUACUGGCGCCGCUAUGCAAAUGAACCUACACUGGCAGUACGAAGCAGCUAAGUUGAAAUCGCGGAAGGCAGGUCGGCAGCCUGCUGUGGCAAUUUCCUCGCAUAAUGGGACAAUGCUGGCGGUUGACGGAUUGUCAGUUGAACUUCUCGCCAAGUCUGGCCGCUCCUCACCCAAUUCUGGAUUGCGUGUCUCUUCGAGAUUAGGCAAGACUGAAGGUGACGUUAGUCCAUCCACACCCUUGUUUAUCUCACAGCUGCCAUCGGGCGAAGCACUGACAAAUCAAACCAAUGAGCACACUCUCAACCCAUCCAGUCAACUCAUUGUGUCCAGCUUCCAGGAGUCUCCCAGUGUCUCCCUCGUAAUGUCGGACCCCACUGAUAGUUUUAGGCACUGUGAACAUAAGCGUGCUUCCACAACACUAAAGAGUACGGCCUCCGAUGCUGUGGCUAGCGUCCUGUCCAAACGCUCCGAUCCCUUGCCAAGUGAACGUUCCAAAUAUCUACCCGGAGGAGAGAUGGAGCAAAAGCCUGCGCCCUCGAUUGCAUUGUGCCAGCUACCACAUUCAUCCGAAUCUGACCGGUCAGUAGCCGCUGGUGGCGGUGUUCCCGUUUCUUCGCUUGCUUCUAAGAACCAGUAUCAGCUUUCAAUGCCUUUAACUACUACGCAGGGCAGUAUUAGUCGUCCUCUGCAGCCAUCGCGAUCCGAAGACUCCCCCACAGUACGCAACUACUGCGAGGACUCAGUACCCCUGUAUGCUUGUGAGCACGCCGCGCUUCCACGACCUGCACAAUUUGUUGGUCCUCCGGAGCCCCCUAAAUUCACCCCUCAGCAGAACCUUCUUGCUCAUGAUGAAGGUCGGAUGAAGCCGAGCAACAGCUCUGCAUCCGUUCUCCAAAGCAACAAACCAGCACCAUGCCUCUACUCAAGGGAUCCGAGUGGUGCU